CUUUAAUAUAUCCAUCUAUGAGUUAAUUAAAUAGAACAGUCAAAUAGAUUGGCUAAUAUUAGUAUAAUGAAAGGCAUUGUCUUGGAGAAGGAGCCUAUGGAAAAGUGUAUUAAGGAAUGGAUAUUAAGACUAAUGAAGUUGUUGCUAUUAAGAAAAUGGAUUUGGCAUUAUUUGAAAGAGAUACUUAUUUAAGGAAUUAAAUAGUUAGUGAAAUUGAAAUACUUAAGAAAUUUAAUCAUCCUAAUAUUGUGAAAUUCAUUGAUAUUAUAACAACUCAAAGGUCUUUGUACAUCAUUACAGAACUUUGUAAAGAUGGUGAUUUAAAAGAGUUUAUUUAAAAGAAAAGAAUAUCAGAAUAAGAAGUAUCUCAAUUUUUAUCCUAUAUUAUUUCAAUAGACUCAAGGAAUUAUGUUAUAAAUUGUCAAUGGUUUCAAAGAAUUAGUUAAAUAAGGAGUAAUUCACAGGGACUUAAAGCCUGCCAACAUACUCAAUCACGAAGGAAUUGUUAAAAUAGCAGGUAUUCUAUUGAUUUUAAUAUAUUCUUUAGAUUUUGGGUUUGCUAAAUAUGUUGAUAAUUAUACAUCUUAAUUACUUAGAUCUUGUGUUGGAUCACCUUUAUAUAUGGCUCCUUAAAUUUUAUAGAGGAAAACCUACUCUACAAAAUGUGAUAUCUGGUCUAUAGGGGUCAUCUUUUAUGAGAUGGUAUUCCAUGAUGUUCCUUGGAAAGGUAGAGAUGAAUAAGAUUUAUUAAAAAACAUUUUAAUGAAACCUUUAGUCUUUAAACAUAAUGGUAUUACUGAUUUUACGAGAGAAUUUCUAACAAAAGCCUUAAUUGUAGAAGAAACUGAAAGAAUUUAAUGGGAUCAAGUCUUUCAGAUGUUUGAAAGUAUGGAAAAAGGAUUAGUAUCUAAUAAUCCAACCUUAUAAAAACUAUAUAAUGAUUAAAAUAUAAGUUGGAUGCAAAAAUAAUCAUAAAAAAUGACUGGAGAUUAAUUAUGUAAAUAAUUAGUCUUUUUAUAAUAAAUGAAAUAAGAUAUUGCUUUUCGUCAUUUUGUCAAUUUAGAAUUAUAUCAAAAAUUAGAUCAAUUAAAAAGAAUCUUUAGAGCAGAUUAAUCUAUUGAAGAAUGUAUUCUCCAAUUAUCAAGACUUGUAUUGGCUUAUAGCAAUCUUUUGGUUUAAUUAAUUGAAGAAACAUGUGAUUCUGGAGAAGAUUUAUUGAUUAAAGGAACUAAAUGGAAUAUAUUAAAUUAUAUUAAAAAUGAAUUAGAAUAUUAUAAGAUAUUUUUUGCAAAUUGCAAAGAUGCAUUUUUUAAAGAUUCUACUUAAUAUGAUGCUGAAUUGACUGAUAAUGAAAGAAAUAAAUUAGAAGAUAAUUUAACUAAUAAAAUUAUUAAAAUUAUUGGAGAUAACUUUGACGAAUUAAAAAGAAAGGCUGUUGAAGAAAAUUAGUAUUAUAUUUUAUAAAAGUAAUAGGUUAAAUUCGCUUAUUGCAAUAGAAUUGUUAUUAGAUUAAUAAAUUAUUCAUAAAAAUAUUGUUAAAAUUACAGAAAUCGAAUUUUAGUAAACUUUGGCAGAAAAAUAACAAAAGGAUGAUUGGAAAAAGAUUUUGGAUAGAAUAACAAUCAAAUGGAGAUAAUUAUAGAAAUUGUGAC